GCUCCCGCUCGGUGCCGAGCGCCUGGCGGCGGUGUCCGACCGGGGACGCGGAGGGCGGCGGGGCAGGUGGGGCGCCGCCCGAAGAGCCGGGCGUGGAGCUGAGCUGCAGGCGCCGCCGCCGCGCUGCCCGCGCCGCCCCGCAGCCCGCGGCGGGAGGAGCGGGCGGCCGCCGGCUCGCGGCGCGCGUCUGGCUGAGCGGGGCGGGCGCGCCGGGACCACCCAGCGAUGCUGCCUCCGCCGCCGCCCGUGUAGCGAGCGCCCGAGCGGGCUGCGGAGGAAGAAAUGAACACGCCCACGAAUGCUAGAUGCCUGUGAGCUCCGAGGUCCCUGGGCAGCACUGGAAAGACCGAGUGGAGGCCUGCGAGGACCGGCUCCUUCCCCUUGGCCUUGGCCCUGCGCCUCUGCUCGCGGCCCACCAUGGAGACGCUGUCGCAGGAUUCUUUGCUGGAAUGUCAGAUCUGCUUCAAUUACUACAGCCCCCGGCGAAGGCCCAAGCUGCUGGAUUGCAAGCACACCUGCUGUUCGGUGUGCCUCCAGCAGAUGAGGACAAGCCAGAAGGACGUGAGGUGCCCCUGGUGCCGUGGCAUCACCAAGCUGCCGCCGGGCUUCUCCGUGUCGCAGCUGCCCGACGACCCCGAGGUCCUGGCCGUCAUCGCCAUUCCGCACACUUCCGAGCACACCCCGGUCUUCAUCAAACUUCCCAGCAACGGGUGCUACAUGCUGCCCCUGCCCAUCUCCAAGGAGCGCACGCUGCUGCCGGGAGACAUGGGCUGCCGCCUGCUCCCCGGGAGCCAGCAGAAGUCCGUCACCGUGGUGACCAUCCCUGCGGAACAGCAGCCGCUGCAAGGCGGGGCUCCGCAGGAGGCGGCGGCCGAGGAGCCGGGCCGGCGGGGCGUGGUGAAAAGCUCCACCUGGUCGGGCGUGUGCACUGUCAUCUUGGUAGCCUGUGUCCUGGUCUUCCUCCUGGGCAUCGUGCUGCACAACAUGUCUUGCAUUUCUAAGCGCUUCACUGUGAUAUCCUGUGGCUGAGGCAGGGUGCCGGGAAGGCUCUUGUGGGUGCCAACUUAGGGAUUGAGCAGGUGUUGGUGACGGGAUCCCAGUGAGGAGAUGGGGGGCAACACUGACCAUUGGUGCUGAGCGCUGGCCUCUGGGUUGCCACUUGAUUCACCUGAAGACAGACGCCAAGGGAGGAAGGUGAGGUCUCAACAAGAUGCCAGGUGAAUUGUUCUGAGUGUGGAUGGCCACAGCUUUGAAGAUGAUUGCAUGCAUCCUCAUAAUCAUGUACAAAGUGGGCUGUAAUUUAUGAGUUUUCAAGAUCAUGUUAUGAGAUAGACAUAUUCUACUUAGACCUUGAUCCGUACCCGUGCAUACAAUGUGAUCUCUAAUGCAGUAGAUGAAAAUAAAGAUGCUGUGUAUACAAGUAGAAUUAAACCUUGAAUCCAUGUAAAAAUUCAGUGAAGACAUACACUGCAGGCUGCUUUGCUUUUUUUUUUUUUAAAUGGAACCCAGUCUUCGUUUAGUUGCUAAGAUUUUUUUUUUUCAUACAGUUUGAAUGGCACCCAAAUCAAAAUAAGUGAAAUGGACCGUCGUUUUUUUGGAGAAAAUAUUUGAACAAGUGUCUCCAGUGUGUUGUGUUUUGUCAUGUCCCUUCAUUUUUCUUCACUUGUGAUUAGAACUUGCUAUGUGUUUAUUAAGCUGAAAGCCCAACAAGGAAGCAAUAAACCAAGAAAUAAUGAGAAAUGCCUAAUCCCACAGGAAACCUGUAUGCCAGUUUUUCUCAAGCCAUCUCACAAAAUAAGAAUUUAAAAUGUAAAUAUUGUGUAUUUGUGUGUGUAUGUGAGUGUAAUUUGAUUUACCUCAGGUUUUUGAGUCUUUUCAGAAGAAUCCCAGGAUUAAGACUUUGUGGGCAUGAAGGGAGUCAAGCAUCUGAAACAGCGGGCACCUGGAUCCUCCCAGUGAGGCGCCCCUACGUGACACCCCAAUGCUCACCCCUCUGCUCUGUGUUUAAGUCCUGUAUUUCGUAAGGCACAAGUGGAGAGUAACAAAAGUUUGACUUUUCUCCCAGUUUUGGAGUAUUAUAAAAGCCACAUGUGUUGUUAGUGAUGGCAAAACUGAUGGCCAUUUCAAUAGGCAGUCCACAGUUAUUUUUGAAAGAUGCUGUUCCAUGAGCAUCUAAUCUUUUUGAAUUCCAGUUUCCUCUUGUUGGUAUAAGCAAGAAAAUCUUCUGUAUUUCUAACUAUGUUUUUAUUGAGAAAAAAAUGACAAAGUAAACGUUAACAAUUCACAUUCCCAAUGUAAGUGUUCUUAAAUGUGUAAUGGUUUAAGGAUGUUCAUAAAGAAAGAACUGCUGAAUUAAAUAAUAAAUUCUCAUCUCUGGGUAUGUAUGCAUGUAGAAAUAGCUGUAAACUUUACAGUUCUCUUGUAAUUCCUUUUAUGGAAUUCAGGAGGCUAGUGGUAUGUGUCAAGGACUCCACUCAAAUAUAUGUUUUUAGGUAUAAUUGACUCCCUGAAAAUGGUGGGAAGGGUGGGGGCAGGGGGAAAUUGGGAAAGAUAAGCAAUGACUGGUUCCAAAAAGUAAGGCUAGAAAGUAGCCCUGUAAGAUCAAGCAACUUUAUUUAUUUAUAUGCUAACUAUUAUCUUCAAGCAGCACAAAAUAUGCAUACUAAAGUGAUGGAGUUCAUGUAAAAUAAAACAAAAAAUUAAUAACUAGAAUACAAAGCUAACACCUAAUUGGCAUGAGAAUUCAAUAUAAAAUUAUGAACUCUGAUCUUUUCAGAGUUUUCCAAUUUGUCAUAAGACCUUUAGAAAAUGUAUUUGAAAGCUCAAACUAGAAAUUAGGUUAAAAUGCCAUUUUAGUGUACAAGCUAUUGGGCAUUAUACAACAAAUAAUCUAGGAUUUAUUUUGUAUUAAUAAUUUAGGUAUCAUAUUAGCUGAAUACUAUCCUCUAUUACGUAACAUAAUAUACUGUUGGGUUAGUGUCAAUUUCUCAAACUCCCAGGCUGCUGUAAUGCAUGUCUGACCUAAUUUCUAUUUCUCUUGGAGGAAAAAAAUGACAGAAAUGUUGCAUUAAAAAUGCUGCAUUUCAAAUGGACUUUACCUUUGCAAUUUUAAGCCAUGUCAUAUUCAAAUUAAUUUUGUGAGCGAUAUCUGCAUACAUUUAUGUACAGUAUGAAAUGAUUGACCUGUAGUGUAGUAUGUGAUAGAGUUCUACUUGUGUAGUAGGUUAUAUAUAUAGACACUAAUGUGUGUGGUGAUAGUGUCCCGUGUUUCUUAGUGCAAAGCUGUAAAGUAAAAAUGUCCACAGAACUUUUACUUAAAAACAGUCCCGUGCUAGAACUGCAAUUAAGCAGUGCAAAAUUAAUCAGCUCUCUGGUAGAUUCUUGACCUCACAACUUAACAAUAAUAACCCGAAUCAGAAGUUUUUGUGUGUAAAUCUUACUGAUGUAGGUAGGACAUUAUUUAAAUUGUUUAAAAUGGAUUCUGCUUGCAGAUUGCACACCUCCUUGUUAGGAUGUGUUUGCGUGUGUGUUUGUAUGUGUGUGUGUGCGCAAGCGCGCACAUGUGUUUGUAGUGGGGGGUGGGGAGGAGAAGAGGCAGAGAGAUGUCUUAGCCUGCCAGAUAGAAUUUUUCCAGGCUUAAUGAUGUUUUGAUGUUAUCUGGCAAGCCAUUGCUCUGGUCUCUUCUGGCAUUUACCCACAACACUAACAACUUAUUUACCCCUUGUGACAAAAGCCCAGUGACACAGAGGCCAGAACUCACAGUUGCAUACCAGUGAAAUGUCACAGCUGGAAAGCCCAGGAAGAGCUGAAAGCAGCCUCUGGUGGUUUAGUUUUGUAGAUGAGCCUGUGGAGGCUCAGAGGAGAGUGUGGAGACUUGUAAUCCUGCAGGAAAGGGGGACGAGAACUGUGCAUUGCUGUCCCUCUUGCUUCUUUCUAGAUCCAUCGCACGUCUAUCCAGCUGUGCUUCUAGUCCGGGUUGAUGGAUACCCUUUACUAUGGCAACCGCUGCUUUAAAAGUGUUGUUUUGUAGUUCGUUUCUUCAUUUUAGUUAGCUACCUCUCCAGGAAACCGAAAAAGGUUGAUUUAGGGAUGAACAUAGACAUUUAAAGAAAACUAUCAGACCAUAUGAUCUGAGUUUUUAAAAUUGCAAAACAUUGGCCCACCACCCCCAUGUGUAAAGAACAGUGAGUGUUGUGUAAAUAGUAAACUAUAAGAAGCAUGUAUUUUCAUCUUUAUUAAUGAUCUUGACAUAAGCAAGAGAAUGCUUAAUAUGUUAAGUAGAGCUAAGUAUGCCACCAAAAAGCAUUGUCUUUGAAAAAAUUUUGUGUAAUGAUGUGGGGCACAAAUUCUGAUGAAAAGGCAAAUUGGUUCUGAGUUCCAGUCAUAUUUUAUGAUCAGAAGACUCUACGGUAUUUUCUUUUAAAAUAUAAGUUUAAUCUUGUGCAUGGCUUACGAAGUGAGCCCCUUGGAGUUUCAGCUGUGCACUUGUGUGACCCUUACAAUUUUCUAGAUCUGUGCCAUUCUGUGGAACAUUCUGGAAAGAUGGAAAUGUUGCAUGACCUGUGCUGUCCAGUAAAAUAGCCACGAGCCACAAAGACUGUUAGACAAUUAAAAUGGGAGAAUAAUACAACUGGAUAACAGAUCUUUAGAUUUUAUUUAGUUUUAAACAAUUUAAAGUUAGAGCCUCUUGUGGCUAGUGGCCACCAUAUUGGCUCAUGGCAUCAAGGUGUUCAUAACAGACUAAGGAGAGAAUUUGUGGGCUAGUUACAAGCAUUUGGCAAAAAAAAAAAAAAAUCCUUCCUGGUCUUAA